UUCCUACCUCAACCACCACGAUGACCACCCAGCUUUCCGACGCGGAGCUCCAAUCCAUCCUUGACUUUUCCAUUGGCCUCGCGCGUCGCGCGGGCGAGGUGAUGCUCGAGGGCUCGGAGAAGAUCCGUGAGUCCGGGGCGACGGACGAGAAGAAGAACUCGGUCGACCUCGUUACGGAGUACGAUGUCAAGGUCGAGAAGCUUGUCAUGGGCGAGCUGGAAAAGAAGUAUCCUACGUUCAAGUUCAUCGGAGAAGAGACCUUCGCAGCUGAAGGAAUGAAGCGGCCCGAGAUGACAGACGAGCCUACGUUCUGUGUCGACCCCAUCGACGGAACGACGAACUUCGUGCACGGCUUCCCGCACGCAUGCAUCUCCCUCGGACUCAUCGUGAACAAACGCCCCGUUCUCGGCGUGAUCUACAACCCGUUCCUCGACCAGCUCUACACCGGGCUCAAGGGCCACGGUUCGUUCCUCUCUUCGCCCCACUCCUCGGUGGCCGCGCUCGCCGCCCCGCGCCGCCUGCCCCUCGCGCGCCCACGCCCGCUGCCCUCGCUCGGGCAGGCGCUGAUCGGGAUCGAGUGGGGAUCGGACCGCUCGAAGGAGAUGGUGGACAAGAAGGGGGACUCGUUCAAGCUGCUCGCGGGGAACCCGAAAGAGGGCGUCGUUGGGGGAAAGAUGGCGCAUUCGCUGAGGAGCUAUGGAAGUGCCGCAUUGAACUAUGCGAUGGUCGCGCAGGGAGGGUUGGACAUGUAUUGGGAGAUCGGGUGCUGGCCUUGGGACAUCUGCGCUGGAGCCAUCAUCGCGCAGGAAGCCGGCGGCUUCGUCGCAGGCUCGCACAGCGCGCCGCUAGACAACGACGUCAACGAGGACGUCCUCUGGGGCCGUAAGCACAUCGUAUUGCGCGCAAUAGGUGAUACUGAGACGGAGAAGGGCAUCGAUGCACAAAAGCGCAUCAUCCGCGAGUUUUAUGAGACAGUCGCGGACUUCGACCCGAAGUGAGGCAAAGACAGUUUGAAGAAACAGUGAUGUACGACGAGGACAAGAAUAUAGAAGUUGAACGCGGUCUUGUAACCUACACCUGUACUAGACUGAACAGCUUCGUCAAUCUUGAACACUUGUAGAUCCCAAGAAAAUUUGUAGUACGUAUCCAAUGUGACGAU